AUUUGAUGAAGAUCUCCGUCCUUAUUCGCGAAUCGUCUAAGCGUGAUGAUUAUGCUAGAGCUGCUUCUCGGUAUAGUACAUGGAGUCCCAAUGCAGACAUCAGCCACGUGCAAGAGAAAUAUGGAUCUUCGAAAACGGGAAGUGACUGGCUCCUAGAACGUCUCGGAAAGGGUAUUACAAGGCGUCGACAAUUCUUGACGUAUCGAGAACAGCACCAUGCCAAGUUGACUGGAGAUUGGGGUGAGGAUAUUGAUGAUGAUGAAGAAAAGAUUCAAGAAGAUAAGAAGCCAGCAAAAACGAUCGCACCAACUCAAGCAACAACGUUUGUACCCAACAUGGUUGCAUCUGAUAAAGAUGGAAUGGAGUCAUUUGGAUCUCAGACCUCUUAUGAAGCGACUGAGUUUGCCAGCGAAGAUGGCCCUACAAAGUUGUCCACCCCCUCCAAAAUGGGCUUUCGAAGAUGUGCUGUUCGAGUACGGCGAACCAUUCCAGUGUCCGAUAUGCUACACCGAGCAGGUAGUGAAGAACAAACACGCUUGGAAGAAACAUGUGUUCAGAGACUUGAAGCCAUAUAUAUGCACUUUUCAAGAAUGCAAGAUGAGAAUGUUUCGCAGCCGAAAUGAGUGGUUUGCACAUGAGCUUCAAUGCCAUCGAAGGGAGUGGGCGUGCCAAUAUUGUCAGCACAGUGCAUUUACGAGUGCAGAAUCAUUCUCCAGACACAUAGCCUCUGCGCAUCCGACCAUUCUGGCCCACUCGAAGAUAGAAGCUAUCAUUCUUCAAAGCGAAGAACCAGUAACAAAGAUAUCCUCCAAGGCUUGCCCACUUUGCAAUGAAUGGGAAGAGAAAUUUUCUGGCUCCUGGCAUGACCGGAAGAGACUGGUGGAGAACACGGAAGCUAUCGAGCCAUAUGGAACCCCGAAGCAAUUUCGAAGACACUUGGGUCGUCAUAUGGAGCAACUAGCUCUUUUUGCCUUGCCAGUGAACGCGAGCGAUGACUCGGAUCAUGAGAGUCUAGAUGAAGAACCAGAUAGGGAGGAAGAGGACGGAACGGAUUCUGAUUAUUACGCAGAAUCAGACCCUCAGCUAGUUCUAAUCAAAGGCCCAAGCCUACUUCCAGAGCAUCAAGAGCUCACUUCCCCUCAACCUCACGCAUCGCCCGCCAUGUCGACGUCCGUCAAGCGGGCCUGCGACGCCUGCCAUCGUCGAAAGCUCAAAUGCGACGGCAUCAACCCGUGUCGCAAUUGUUCGUCCGCUCAAUUAUCGUGUACCUACCACGCCAUCCCGCAGCAGAAAGAUCCCAAGGGUUCCCGAGCCAAGUUGGAACGAUCCGAUCUCGAUCCCGCGGACAACGAAGAUGCGAAACGAGCUUCCAGCCCACAUCACGAAACGGGACAUGAGACAAAUGACAUUACUGCUGCUAAUGAAGCUGCUCAGAAAGAGGCAUUUGAUGAUCUGAAUACUCCAAAACUCGAGCUAUCAAAGGAAGAGAGCGAACGCUUGGAACAAGAAGCUCUGAACGACUUGCUGAAUGAAGAAAAGCGGACCUCACAACGUUCAAGACAUCAAUUAGAACUGGAAGUAGAUGAAAGCUUGGCCCCCACCACCUCGGAAAUCUAUGCCACCUUAAUCCGAGACAUAGCAGAGGAGGAAAAGGCUAUAUUGGAGAGGAAACUCGAAGAUGAGAAGAAGGCGGUCUUGGAGGCAUACGAAACUGCACAAACAGCGGCUGCCGAAGUUCGUGUGGAAGCCGCCAGGAAAGCUGCAGAGGAGAAAGCCGCUUGGGAAAGAAAAGUCGAAGAAGAGAAGAAAAUUGCUUUGGCGCAUUUCGAAGCUGCACAAAAGGCGGCUGCUGAAGCUGCCUCGGAAGCCGUUAAGAAGGCUGCAGACGAAAAGGCUGCUUGGGAAAAGAAGCUGGAAGAGGAAAGAGAUGCUUUGGAUAUCAGAGAUAAGGAAGAGAAAGCUGCCUUUGCAAAGCUUCUGGACACGCUAAAGGCACAGGAGGCAAGGAGUCUGGGCAACGAACAGCCGCCAGAGUCAUUAGACAACAAUAUCUCUUCUACCAGAGAACAAGAGCCCAGGCGGCCUGUCUCUGUGGAUGAAGUAGACGAGACGACUGGAAUGCCGGUGCUAGGAACCAGACGCAGCGCCGUCUCCGGAGAGAAGCCAGAAGUCUCCCGAGAAAGAGAAAGACGAUCAAAGGACGAAGUUGAAGAAGGAAUCUCACCAAUUCAGAGACAACGAAGUAGGCAAGAUUUACCAGCUCUCGAGACAAAGGUUCCCAGAGAGAUACCUCCACAAUUUCGAAGGAGCAUGUCCUCGGUUGCAUCACUGCCUAAAGAUAAGGAUGAAACUCUCAAGGCCUCGACCCCUCCAGAGCACUCAUUUCCACUCCUGCCUUUCGAUGGUGGUUCUCUGCCAUUUCGGACGGAUUCGAAACCUCGAUUCUCGGAUCCUCCAGCACCACCUCCUCAGGAGCCACUCCCAGAGAAGCCAGAUGUUCCACGAUCCCAUGCGUUCGAACCAUCCUCUCCUUCGUUGAAGCGAUCGAAGACCGACGAACGAAUUGAGAUGACCGGCAAGCGAUUGCCAAAAGCUAAACUGGACGAGAAGGCAACCAAGCUGAGCCCACAAGCUAGGAGAGAGUUGAACGCAUUGAGCGACGCAAUGCAGAUCGAACGGAGGGAAAGGGAAAGGGUUGCAGAUAAGGAACUAAACAAUCAUCUUAAUAUCGGUAUUAAAACGUGGAGGAAAAAGGAAGGGCCAAUGUCUGGAGAGAUCGUUGAGUCUACUGCCAGUAACUCCAAAGGAAAACAACCCUCCCAAACACCACCUCUUCAACAGAGUACAAGGAGAGAACCGAUCGUCAUGCUCGACUCAGGGCCCGGAAGCCCUCCCGAAAUAUUGAGGGAGCAUACAUUUCCUACCCCCGACGCUCCAAUUACCUCAACAAUUUUCGACACCGUCGACGGUCUGCCCCCCGAGAGAGAACGGUCUGGAAACACUAGUGAGCGUCCGUUUGAGCAUCCACAGGUACAUUACCAAGGACCCUCUUCUUCUGCAGAUUAUUUCUCAGGAGAGCGUCCUAUUGAGCGUGAACGGGUGCCUUACCAGGCACGCCCGUCUUGGGCGGACAAUGUUUCCUCUGCCGCAGUCGUCGAUGAGACUGUAGACAACAAAGUGAGAGAAGAAGUCGACAGCCAACCUCCCGAAGGUGUCUCCUCGGAGCUAAUUGCGAAAAUCACAGAGAAAGUGAAGAAAGAGCUUCUCGAGCAUCUGAAGCAGACAGGCAGUAAAGAUGAAGAGCCGGCACUGCAAGGAACAUCUUCUCCCCUUGGGCCUGCUCCUGUUGUGCAAACAAGUUACAUCGUCCGUGGAAGAGACGAUGGUGUACCCGCUCGUCACAGAUCCAGAUCUCGGCGCCGUCGCCCGUCGAUCAGUCCUCCUCCUGAUUCUCUCCCUCCUACUCCAGUUAUCGACCGUGAUUUCGUUUUCAAUUUUGAGGGGGACGCUAUCGACCAAAAUGAAAGACGAAUUCCAGUGACCCCACAGGGGAAAGAAUCGGUGAGCAUUGACCACCCGUCUGAUAUACGUGAGCGACGCUUCGACAACAGAGAAGAUAGGGACAGGGAGCGCGAGGAGAGAAUUCUGGCGCUCGAAGCUGAGCGUCAGAGGGAAGAACGGAUUCUGGCUCAAGACGAGGAGAUUCGUCUACGGCGAGUCAUUCCUGGUCCGCUUCCUCCGCUUCCUCCGCCUAGGAGGAUGAUCUGGAACCCAGUUGUUACGAGUCCCGAGAACCCAGAUCCGAAUGAUAGCGAGACUCGAGACAAUGUUAAACAAUCUGGUGGGGAUCCCAUUGACCUUACGGAUGGCUCCUCCAGGAACAACUACCCAUUUCAGGGCAUCAAAUGCCCUACUUGCGCUGCCAAUGGACAGGAGGUCUGGGUCAUUCCUGGAAGAAGCUGCUCAUAUUGUGGUACCAAUUGUUGAAGCUAAUAUAUAUUGGAAUGUCGCAAGCGGCUCCAGGAAAUCUACCACGGGUCCCGGACAUCGUGAUACUUCACGUUGAGGGGUGAACAGGACAAGAAAGAAUAUAUACAAGUGUCGAAGUAGACCGAGAUUAGGGAAGGAUUCAGUGAGGAAGGAUAUCAAGAGAACUGAGAUACUAUCAGUAUCGAGGACACAAUGGAUUGAUGGGCCGAAA